GUCAAGUGGCUGAAGAAAGUAGGAGAAAAGAUUGAAACUGGGGACAUUGUCAUGGUGGUAGAAUCGGAUAAAGCUGACAUGGAAGUGGAAGCUUUUGAUCCUGGUUAUUUGGCAGCUAUUUUAGUGGAUGAAGGAGGCAGUGCUCCAGUUGGCAAGACUGUUGGUUUAGUGGCAGAAAAGUUGGAAGACAUUGAAAAAGUAAAACAAUGUGGCUUGGACUGUAUUGACUCAGGUUCAUCUUCAAGACAUGACGGAACAACUGCUUUGGAAACAGUAGAGUUCUUUGACUCGAAAGAAGAUUCUGACUUUGAGCAAAGGUUUUCUUCGAAUGGCUCUGCAGAGCAGAACGCUAUGAAACUACCCGAACACGUUCCGAUAUUGAUGCCAACACUAAGCUCAACCAUGACAGAAGGAAAGAUAGUACAGUGGCUAAAGAAAGAAGGAGAUUAUGUGAAAAGUGGCGAAAUGAUAAUGGUCGUAGAAUCAGACAAGGCAGAUAUGGAAGUAGAAUCGUUUGAUGAAGGUUAUUUAGCACAUGUGCUUUAUCCAAACGAAAGUAGUUGCCCAGUUGGUACUACAGUUGCUUAUUUAGUAAGCAAUGCUGCGGAUAUUCCUCAGAUGAAACAGUGGGCAAGUGAAAGCAAGAAUAGGUCAACUGCUCCAACACAUAAAUCCACCCAAGAAGCCUCCCCAUCGGUGGAACUGUCGGCAUCAACUAUUCCGUCAACUUCCUUGCAAGGAUCGUCAUCACGUGUCAUUGCGUCUCCUUAUGCUCGAAAGAUAGCAUCGGAGAAAAAUAUUUCGUUGUCUGGCCUGAAGGGUUCUGGAGAAGGUGGUCGUAUUGUUGCUAAAGAUGUAUUGGAAGCCUCAGAAAAAGGAGCUUCCUCUAACGUGAACCAAGAGAAACCUACUCUGGUAAUGGCAACCCCGCAAGCCAAGAAAUUGGCAGAGUCAUUUGGAAUAUCAUUGGAUUCCAUAUCAGUAGGUUCCGGUCCCUAUGGACGAAUCAUACCAGCAGACGUGUACAAAGCAGCUGGUAAAGGCCCACCUCCACCACCACCCCAUUUAGUAGACUUUCAAGCAACAAAGUCAUCCAAAAAUGGUGAUUCGUCGGUAGCACCCGGCCGAGUGAGUAAGGAUAACAGGAGCCGUUCAACCGAAACUUCUUCGAGUAUGAUGCCCAAAGGUGAAGUAGCCAUGAAUUCCAUGCAAAAGGCAGUAGUGCAGAAUAUGAAUGCAUCGCUUCAAGUUCCAGUAUUUCGAGUAACCUACACAGUUAAUAUGGAUGCGGUAGAAGCCUUGUACAAGAAGCUUAGUGAAAAAGGAGUGUCUAUGUCAACGAUAUUGGCCAAGGCAGCUGCAUUGACUUUAAGGAAACAUUCCGUGAUGAACGCGAGUUAUGGAAAGGACUCUAUUAUUUACCGUAAUGAUAUUCAUAUUGCCAUGGCUGUGGCAUUACCGGAUGGAGGUUUGAUUACUCCUGUAUUGAAGAAUGCUGACCAAGAAGACAUUUACACGUUAUCCAAGUCUUGGAGAGAUUUGGUGAAGCGAGCUCUCAUGAAGAAAUUGAGUCCUGAUGAAUAUUCGACUGGUACUUUCUUUAUAAGUAAUCUAGGCAUGUUCGGUGUUACUAGUUUUGAUGCCAUUUUGCCACCUGGUGCAGGAGCUAUUUUGGCAGUAGCUGCUUCAAAACCUGUAGUAGGAAUGCAACCUAAUGGCUUUAUUGGUGUUUCAAAACAAAUGCAGAUGACCAUUACUUGUGAUCACCGACAUAUUUAUGGAGCCCAAGCAGCUAGCUUUUUAAAGGAUUUUAGUACUUUGUUGGAAGAAAAUCCUCAGGAACUAACGUUAUAAGAAGGGAUAUAUUGUCUAUUCUACAAGGCAUAUGGGAUAUUUUUGUCUCAUUUCUAUUCAAUAAGAACGAUAAAAAAUGUCACAAAUUC